AUGGAGAAUCAGCAAUCUUCCACGACCGUCCUGUGCCGUGCCGGCUGCGGUUUCUAUGGUUCCAAUUCUUUCGAGGGGCUAUGCUCGGUGUGCUUCAAGAAGGCGAUCAAGGAUAACCAGAGCGGCCACUCGUCUGCCUCGGCAACGACCUCGGCCACCACGGUGAUCAAUGCCCAUGAUGCGCAUGCGAAUUCGACAAAUUUGCCACCCUUUUCCAAGGUUGAUGCGGGAGCGGAAGAUGCUGAGGGCUUGAAUCAGUCGGCUCCCGCCGUUGAACCAUCCAUCGUCGUCCCGGAAGUGACUUUGCCCAUGGCCAAGAAGAACCGCUGCCAGGAGUGCAAGAAGCGCGUUGGACUCACCGGUUUCUCUUGCCGCUGCGGUGGGAUGUACUGCGCCGAGCACCGCUACGACAACGCUCACGACUGCAAGUUCGACUACAAGACCAUGGAGCGGGAGCAGCUGCGCAAGGACCAUCCGGCCGUUGUCAGCGAAAAGAUCCAACGCAUC